AUGCUACCGCAGCAUACCGGAACCGCAUUGGUCCCCUCGAGGAACGCCCUCCGAGUCCUACGUCAAUUAGCCUUAGCAGGAUCGACAAUUGGAGGCGUCUGCACAGUAGCAGCAAUCACCUACGAUGCUCACCGCCGCGCCUCCAUCGCCGAGAAAAUCGUCCAGAACAAGCGGACCAUACAAACAUCAGCACCGUACUACAAUGCCACCUCAGCGGCGAGAAAACUGGCAUUGAUGGUAGAAGCGGCAGAAGCCGGGGAAUUCGAUGGAUUGGCGUCUUUGAAACAAGGUGGCUGGAAUAGAUCAUCUCACAACCAUGAGCAUGAACAUCCUUCCAGUACUAUGGUCGAACAGGCCAGCACAGAAAACAGAGUAGUCGAGGGCUCGGGUUCUUCUGGCUUUUAUUCGGAUAUCCCACCUACUUUCACCGAGAAAGACUUGCAAUCGGCAGCUCAAGAUUUGGAACGGGCAACCAUGACAAAGUCUUGGUUGAUGGAUCGUUCCGAAGCCAUCAAUUUUUCUGUCUACGACCUAGAAACUAUCGGGUCUUCUAUGUACGACCGAGCGCCGGUAGAAUUACCGAAUUUAUCUUCGGAGCAAGGCAUCGAUAUUCAAUCAGAAGAGUAUUGCCAAGCAAUUCGAGCCAUCCGUGAUCUUUUCGAGAAACGUCAAAUCAUUGAAGCCGCAGAGCUGUUCCUGGAGACACACCCGCAGACUCUGAAACGCCUAUCUGCAAGAACACGAGAGCUCGCAGUGAAUAUUUUCUACGCUAAUUGCUCGGAUGACAACAUCUGGGUGGCAAAGAGCUUGUUUGAACGCAUUGAAGCUCUGGACAGCAUUUCGCCUCGAAUGUGGAAGUUCUUGGUGAUUGCUUUGACCAAAUCCGGGGCGCUCGAAUCAGCUGCGCAGGUUAUCUUAAGGUAUCGCGAUGCGAUAGAUAUACCUUUUUAUCUUGUCGAACUCGUGGUGAGGUGUCUUCUCGAGACCCGACGUUUUCAGGAGGCUUCGAUCGUCAUGUACAGAAAUGUUGCCCACGACAAGGAAUGCAGCCUAUGUGGUGUGUUUUUGCAUAGUAUAUGGAAAAAGUCAAGGAAUAUUGACCUUAUGAAUCGGGAGUUUGAAAAGAUGCUGUCAAUCAUUGGGCGAUUUGACAUAGAGCCAACCGCAAAACUAUUCAAUCCUAUGAUUAAAGCCUAUAUUCAAUUUGGUCGAAUAGCAGACGCAGAAGCCCUGGCAAAUGACAUGGAGACAGUAUAUGGCGUUACGGGGAGCUGUCGGACCAAGGGUCUAUUGCUACUUGGACAAGCGUUAGCUUGCAAUUGGAACGAGGUCAAGGAAGGGUUAGAGGAAAUGCAUACCCUGGGGCUGACGUCUGACCGCAACUUCACGCGCAUUUUCACCUCUGUUUUUCUAGAAUUUUGGCCUAUUCACAACGCCGCAGCAAUACGCGAGUUCUUUAACAAAGCCGUCGAAAAAUACUCGCUCAGGCCUGAUCAAGUGCUCUAUGAGCAUGUUCUGAGAGCCUAUAUCCAAAAAGGUGAUGCUGAACUCGUUACGGAACUGGAGAAUCUUGCUCAAACUCUUCAGUGGGAAGUCAGCUUGAAAGAAGAUGAGUUUAUCGAAAUGCUACAAGUUGAGCGACGUAGUAUUGAAGGCAGCCACGUGGGUUUCUGGCAAAUGCUUCAUGCAGCACGGAUUAAAUAUGGCCAGUCAGCAAGUUCGCAACGGAUCAUGGGCUAUGACCAACGUUCAUUGCCCUGGCGGGAAGCGAACCUGAUCCCAAACAAGGGAGUAUGGCCGAACUGGUACCGUCGAGCAUUAAGUGGCAUUAUGACAGACAGACCUAUUAAUCAGUACUCGGCGUUGGACAAACAGAUGGCUCAUUUUCUGCAUGCCGGAGAUUUCGACUCGGUUCUAUGGUGUUUUGAGAAUGCUAAAGCUGCCGGGUUUGUGUUCAAGUCGUUCCAUGUGGAACUAGCCGUUAUUGCUAUGCUUGUGGAAAAAGGCAUCGCCCCGGCUCGUCAAAUAAUUGAAGAUCAUUGGAAAGAUAUGGAAGCUGAUCUCCCCGUUAUCCCCGUAUUCUUCUCUCAAAUUAUGGAGGUCGAUGCAUUAAGUGAUAUCGAAAUGCUCAAGCUGGCAGUAUUCCAUUUCUACAAUAUGUGCUGGGAUAUGCCAAAUCUCGGUUUAAAGCACCAUUUUAUGAACAAUAUUUCUACUCGGCUUAUCGAUCAGGGACAAGCAGAUGCUGCAUUGGAUUUACUAAUCGCAGCGUACAAGUCUCGCUGGGGCCGCCAGAUAAAAUUUGACGGAGCUUGCAUGAGGACUCUUUUGCGCGCUUUCGUCCAAACCGGCCACCUCAAAGGGGUCCGGUGGUGCAUUUUGACGGCAAUAGCCCGGGAUUCAGCAUGCAACAAGGACUUCGUUGUCGACGCGCGUCGAGCUCUGGUUACGGGGAAUCUGCGAAAGGCGGGCUGGUCAUCGAGACGGGAACUGCGUGUAUCUUUCAUGCAGCAUCUCGGCACCAUAGUGAACACGCUACAUAGAAAAAGCGAGGGCGACCCUGAGCUGGCCCAGCUUAAAAACAACAAAGGCAGGAAGAGAAUGUCUCAGAAAUUCUACCAUCCACAGGGGCACAAAUGGCGUAACGACAGUUUUCCAUCUCUGCAGAAAUUGGUCCGGCAUUGGGACGAGGAGCGUGAAUUGGAGUGGAUAACUACACCGCCCACCAACAUCUUCCUGUCAGAGGAAAAGACAUAUAAGGUCUGGAACCAGCAGAGCGUUCUCGCCAGGGAGGAAGAGCACGAUGUCGAGUCAUAG